GUUCUCCUCCCCUGAUUGAAACGAAAUCUCUGGUGCCUCGGCCACAGCAGCAGGCCAGCAGCCUGGGCGUGGUGACCCUUCGCCGCGGCUCCCGGUGGCGGCGUCAUCCCGGCUCUCCCACGCGGUGGCGGCGCGCCUCUCCUGCCGUGCCCCUGCCGCCUGCAUCCAGAAAUUUGUAGCUGAGACUUUCUUCGAGAACAAGCAAGAGCUUUGCCUGUCUUCACAUUAAAGGAGAACUGAAGCGAACAACAGCAAAGGGAAAAUGGUGCUAUCACGUAGUAUGAGAACAUGUUUGCACAGUGGAAGACUUGCCCUCCUUGCCAUAUUGGUCUCUGGUGGAAUUGUGUUGCAGAUCUUGGCUUGUGCUCUCUAUAACAACUGGUGGCCAAUGCUAACAGUUCUGAUGUACCUUAUCCUACCAAUGCCCCUAAUACUUUUCCUGGGCUCUGAUACUUCCUCGAUGAUGUCUAAUGGGGGAGAUGGCUGGGUGAACUUCACGAAAUUCUUGACGGGCGCAUCAAUAGUGGGGAGCAUCGCCAUUCCGUCGAUCCUGAAGCACGCCGGUAUCAUUGGAUGGGGAGCGCUGACAAUGGAGCUGUCAUCGUUCGUAGUCUUUGGCGUGGCAAUCAUGUGGUUUCUCCCGAUGAACAGUAAAGACGAGUACAGCAGUGUGUUCUAGACGUCUAUUUUCAGUUCUCACAUCCUCUUUCCCGAGUGAUCCUUUGCAAAAUGGCCGUGAACUUGUUUGUACAGCUGCAGUGGGAGCAUUACUUAGGGAAAGAUUGGAUACAAGUCAUAGAACAGUACGUGUUUGGUCUGCAUUUUGUUCGUCCCGUGAUGCUGUGCCUCGCAUUCAGAAAAAAAAAUGUUCGCAUGGUACCUGA